UAAACACUGGACAUUUUACCAAAGCCGACAGAUAAGCGAAUUCCAAUGGAUCCAUUACCCAUCCAGUGUCCCUUGCCUAUCUCAACCACUAUGCCAUCCUACUCAAAAUUAAAUCAUCGUCGACGAAUAACAUGUAAUAUCUGUGGUCUACCCUUUGGUUAUGUAACUAUGUCUACAGCAUACAUUGAAUCAAAUCUAAAUAAACUGUAUGAAAUAAAUAAAGAAAUUAUUCGACAUUUUAUAAUUCCCGGGAUGGAUAAUAAUACCACAGAGAUGACCAUAGAACAGAAACAACGAUUAGUUUAUGAACAUUUGAAGACGGAACAAAAUGUCAAUAAUAAUAGUAAUGAUAAUAGUCAUAGUAAUAACCAGAACAGAAUACUACGAGAAAAUCUUAAUGUUCACGAGACAGAUAAUCGAUAUUUUAUGGCAAUAUUUUUACAAGAUGCUAUUAAUAUUCAUGUUAAACCACGGAGUAGUAGAUCAAGGUCAAACGAUUCAAUACUCAGUAGUGAAGUUUGUUUAAACCAGAGAAGCAAUGUAGAGCGGAAUAAACAAAUUCAGGAUAAAAUAGAUGAAGCAUUUAUCCCUGUAUUACCGCAUAUAUUACAACUGAAUGAUAAAAUACAUCAUGCAGCUUGUAAUGUGCUUUGUGCUGGAUGUAAUACAGUCAUCGGUGUACGAUAUAUACCACGGGCUAAUCAUAUUGGUAUGAAACCAGCUUCGUUAUUAUUGAAGGAGUAUAUUAAGGAGCGUAACGCUACUACUCAUAACGCUACUGAUACUAAUCCUUAUAUUACUAAUAUGAAUUCAUCAGAUUUCAAAGAAUUCACAUCUUAUGAUCUACCUGAAUGGGGAUGUGAAAUUCCAUCAGUGACAUCAGAAGAUGAUGGUUGGAUAACUAUCUCACUACAAUGUGUAUCUAUCCAGCCGCUGUUUAGUUUAAUCGGUCUAGAUCAAUUCUCUAUACGUUACCAAGGUGUUGAAUUAAUGCCAAGACAUUAUCAUAGUAUUGAAUCAUCGAAUGAAUUCUCACAGAAUUCUGAGACAUGGAUGUAUCCUACACGACGAAUCGAUAAAUCUUGUCGAUUAGGUAAACAUCGUGAAGUCGGUUGGAGUAAAACCUUCUAUGAUUUGGAAAGGCUUGAUAAAACUGUACCCUAUUCAAUGGUCUAUGGAGAUUUAAUAACAGGGACUAUCAGGAGAUUAUAUGAUAUAUAUCCUGAGAAGAAAAUUAUUAAAAUUACCAGUCAAUGAAGUCUGGUUCAUUUGACAACACCGCUUUCUGGCAGUUGGAUGGAAAGAU